CAACACCUGUACCGCAUCUGUACACAUCUGUACACAGUAUUUAACUUAGUGUGGCACCAGGAGCAACAUCUGUACACAUCUGUCCAUGAGCUCUAACACUGUAGCAACAUCUGCACACAUCUGUCCAUAAGAGCUAGCGGUGUGUGGCAUCAAGAACAACAUCUGCACACAGCUGUCCACAGUAUUUAUCUCGGUGUGGCACCGGGAGCAACAUCUGUCCACAGUAUCUUACACUAUUGAGCACCAGGAGCAACAUCUGUACACAGGAUCUAAAACUGUGAAGAAACAUCUGUGCACAGUCUAGAACUCUGUAGCGCACCAUCUGCACACAUCUGUCCACGGGAUCUAAAUCUGUCCACACAUCUGUUCACAGUCUAGAACACUGUGGAGAAACAUCUGCACACAUCUGUCCACAGCCUAGAAUACUGUGUGGCACCAGGAGCAACAUCUGUACACAGGAUCUAACACUGUGGAGAAACAUAUGCACACAUCUGUCUGCAGGAUCUAAAACUAUGGAGCAACAUCUGUACACAGCCUAGAACUCUGUGGAGCACCAUCUGCACACAUCUGUCCACAGGAUCUAAAACUGUCCACACAUCUGUUCACAGUCUAGAACACUGUGGAGAAACAUCUGCACACAUCUGUCCACAGCCUAGAAUACUGUGUGGCACCAGGAGCAACAUCUGUACACAGGAUCUAACACUGUGGAGAAACAUCUGCACACAUCUGUCUGCAGGAUCUAAAACUAUGGAGAAACAUCUGUGCACAGUCUAGAACUCUGUAGAGCACCAUCUGCACACAUCUGUCCACGGGAUCUAAAUCUGUCCACACAUCUGUUCACAGUCUAGAACACUGUGGAGAAACAUCUGCACACAUCUGUCCACAGCCUAGAAUACUGUGUGGCACCAGGAGCAACAUCUGUACACAGGAUCUAACACUGUGGAGAAACAUCUGCACACAUCUGUCUGCAGGAUCUAAAACUAUGGAGCAACAUCUGUACACAGUCUAGAACUCUGUGGAGCACCAUCUGCACACAUCUGUCCACAGGAUCUAAAACUGUCCACACAUCUGUUCACAGUCUAGAACACUGUGGAGCAACAUCUGCACACAUCUGUCCACAGCCUAGAAUACUGUGUGGCACCAGGAGCAACAUCUGUACACAGGAUCUAACACUGUGGAGAAACAUAUGCACACAUCUGUCUGCAGGAUCUAAAACUAUGGAGCAACAUCUGUACACAGUCUAGAACUCUGUGGAGCACCAUCUGCACACAUCUGUCCACAGGAUCUAAAACUGUCCACACAUCUGUUCACAGUCUAGAACACUGUGGAGCAACAUCUGCACACAUCUGUCCACAGCCUAGAAUACUGUGUGGCACCAGGAGCAACAUCUGUACACAGGAUCUAACACUGUGGAGAAACAUCUGCACACAUCUGUCUGCAGGAUCUAAAACUAUGGAGCAACAUCUGUACACAGUCUAGAACUCUGUGGAGCACCAUCUGCACACAUCUGUACACAGGAUCUAACACUGUGGAGAAACAUAUGCACACAUCUGUCUGCAGGAUCUAAAACUAUGGAGCAACAUCUGUACACAGUCUAGAACUCUGUGGAGCACCAUCUGCACACAUCUGUCCACAGGAUCUAAAACUGUCCACACAUCUGUUCACAGUCUAGAACACUGUAGAGCAACAUCUGCACACAUCUGUCCACAGGAUCUAAAACAGUGUGUGGAACAUCAGUAAAAGAACUUCAGGUUCAGGGUUUUUUACCCAUCAGGAUGUGCGAGAUGAACCGGGUGGAACAGUUGAAUCAGCGGGUCCAGGAGCUGCUGCUGGUGGCGGUGCAGCAGGUGCUGCAGGUGGUGAAGGAGACGGUGUGUGAGUACGAGGAGAAAAACCUCCACACACAGAGAGAGAACCAGAGACUGAGGAGGCGAGUUCAGGAACUACAGAACCAGCUGCACAAACACAGCGCAGUUGCCCAGAUCAGCGCCCAGAUCAGUGUUCCUCCACCACCCGCCUGCUCUAGACCAGAGGAACCUACGGCGUUGAGGUGCGUUCGACAGUCGCACACUAUGUCAGCGACAGACGCGCCAUCCUUCAAACAGGAGCCACCAACCGACGCCCAGAACGCUUCCUUCCCACCCGAGAUCAAAUCCGAACUGGAACCGAUGAGCUAUCAACCCACAGAGGAGCCGGUGCCCCCGAACAGCUUCUUCCCCUGCGCCAGCUCCCAUUACCCUGCUCCUCAGAACGAGCCGGACUUCCCCCCGCUGGCACCCUGCAGGAACGCCGAGACCCUGGACACCUUCGUGGAGCAUUUCCCCUUCGAGCAGGACAGCUGGAGGCAGCAGACUCAGACCCAGACGGAGCGCCACGCCUGCGUCCUGUGCGGCAAAACCUUCAACCGUCUGGCCAACCUGCGGAUCCACCAGCGCUGCCACACGGGAGAGAAACCGUACAGCUGCUCGCACUGCGGCCGCCGCUUCAGCCACAGCGGGAACCUGCAGAAACACAAGCGGGUGCACACGGGCGAGCGGCCCUACCGCUGCCCGCAGUGCAGCAAGAGCUUCUGCCAGUCCAGCCAUCUGAAGAAGCAUCAGACCGUCCACAUGAGCCGGCACAGGAGGAACCUGGAGCUCUGAACGGGUUGCCAAGUGCUAGAAUAACACUCCUUUAAUGUCUGACAAAAGUAUUCACACCCCGGCCAGUUUUCCACCAGGCAGCGUCGUUUCUAGAGACUAAAAAUUAAAAUAAAUUUAA